GCUUCAAAUUUGAACCGUUUUCGAACCAAAGCGAGGUAACAAAGGAAAACACAAGCAGCGAACGAAUCCUUCUCCCUCCGUCCUCGUCACCUCCGUUACUUGAGAUCUCUCUCUCGGCAACAAUUUCUUCCAGAAUUUUUUUUCUAAGAAAAAAAGAAAUUUGGGAUCCCAUGGAAGAGAACCAAAAGAGCAACACAGAAACCUUAACCCUAGAUCCUUCGUUCUCCUCUUCUGCUAGGGUAUGGACGAAGGAUUUGGAGACGGCCUCUUCUUCUCCCUCGCAUGGAGAAGGAGAAAAGGAGAUGGGUUUUUCCGCGCACGAUUCCAUUGAUUCGAUGAUCUUGGUUUCUGGGCCGAGGCUAAUCCCUUCGGGAACUGCGGAAAUGGAUUGUCGCCGCGAAGAUCUUGUAAUGUUUGUCAAUGCGGGAGGCUGCACCGUACAAGGCCAAGAUCCCCGCUCGAACAUCAUGGCUGAUUCUUGUUUUCAAGGAGGGGAUGUCAUAGAAACCGAUGAGACGAUUGUAGAAGGUGGCGAUUACCCAUCUCUUUAUCAAUCGGCAAGGUACGGAGAUUUCUGCUACAAGUUUGAAGGUCUCGCUCCUGGAGACUACUUCUUGGAUCUCCACUUCUCCGAGAUCGUCAACACAAAUGGGCCGAAGGGAAUUAGGGCAUUCAACGUUUUCGUGCAAGAAGAGAAGAUAGUUUCUGAGCUAGAUAUCUUUGCAAUUGUUGGAGCUAAUAAGCCACUUCGGCUAGUUGAUGUGAGAGUUACUGUGGUGGAAAAUGGGGUCAUAGUAGUAAGCUUCAAAGGAGUCAGAGGGACUCCCACUGUUUGUGGAAUCUGUAUUCGGAAAGCACCAAUAUUAUCUGCACCACUGGUUAAAGCUGAGCAUGUAGUGUGUAACAAAUGUGCUACGGAGAUUGAAGUAUCCCCAACUCAGAAUAGAGCUCGAAGCAAGUUCAUCGCAAAGUAUGAGAAGAAAAUUCAUGAGCUAACCAGCGAAUGCAAAUUAAAGACAGACGAGUGCUAUACUGCUUGGUCGUCCGUAACAGCGACAAAUGAGGAGCUAGAGAGGCUCAAAAUGGAAUAUCACAACACAAUUAUCCAAGCUGAAAGUCUUGAACGAACUGUCGAAACACAGACGGACAAAUUGAGAGAUGUCUUUGAAAGGUAUGAGCACGACAAGAAGCUAUGGAUUUCUGCUAUAUCCAAUUUGGAAGUAAGAAUCAAGGCUAUGAAAAAAGAGCAGUCCCAACUUUCUUUAGAUGCGCAUGAAUGUGCAAACUCAAUUCCAGAUAUGAAUAAGAUGAUCUUUGCAGUUCAGUCCUUAGUUGCUCAGUGCGAAGAUCUGAAAUUUAAAUACAACGAAGAGAUGGCCAGGAGGAAGAAGCUAUAUAAUCAGGUCCAGGAGACAAAAGGGAAUAUUAGAGUGUUCUGUCGUUGUCGGCCACUAAGUAAGGAAGAGACUUCAGCAGGUUACAAAGCAGUAGUAGAUUUUGAUGGGGCCAGGGAUGGUGAUAUUGGGAUCAUUACUGGUGGAUCUACCAAGAAAACCUUCAGGUUCGACAGAGUGUACACACCCAAAGACGAUCAAGCUGGUGUUUAUGCGGAUGCAUCGCCAUUGGUCACGUCAGUCUUAGAUGGCUACAAUGUGUGCAUAUUUGCCUAUGGGCAGACCGGUACUGGAAAGACGUUCACAAUGGAAGGCACGGAGAAAAAUAGAGGAGUGAACUACAGAACUCUGGAGGAGUUGUUUCAGAUUGCUAGAGAGAGGAAGGAGACUGUUACCUACGACAUCUGUGUCAGUGUUCUCGAGGUUUACAAUGAACAAAUAAGGGACUUGUUGGCAACAUCCCCAUCGUCAAAGAAGUUGGAAAUAAAACAGGCCGCUGAAGGAUUUCAUCAUGUGCCCGGUAUAGUACAAGCCAAGGUUGAGAGCAUAAAGGAGGUAUGGGACGUGCUACAAGCAGGAAGUAAUGCGAGAGCUGUUGGGUCGAAUAACAUAAAUGAGCAUAGCAGUCGAUCUCACUGCAUGCUAUGCAUAAUGGUGAAGGCGAAGAAUUUGAUGAACGGGGAGUGCACAAAAAGCAAGCUUUGGCUUGUAGAUCUGGCCGGAAGUGAGAGGCUUGCGAAGACCGAAGUGCAAGGAGAGAGGCUUAAGGAAGCUCAGAACAUCAAUAAAUCCCUUUCAGCCCUUGGCGAUGUCAUUUCUGCUCUUGCAAACAAAAGCAGCCAUGUUCCCUACAGGAAUUCCAAGUUGACACAUUUGCUGCAAGAUUCGCUAGGUGGUGACUCUAAAGCACUAAUGUUCGUUCAAAUCAGCCCCUCAGAAAAUGACGUAGGUGAGACACUGAGUUCCUUGAACUUUUCAAGCCGAGUCCGUGGUAUUGAGUUAGGUCCCGCAAAGAAGCAGGUUGACACAGGAGAACUUCAAAAGAUGAAGCAAAUGCUUGAUAAAGCAAAGCAGGACACUAGAACUAAGGAUGAGACCAUGAGGAAACUAGAGGAGAACUGUCAAAACUUAGAGAGCAAAAUCAGAGGGAAAGAGCAGAAUUAUAAAAAUCUGCUUGAGAAGAACAAAGAGCUUGAGAACCAACUACAGUCGAAGAUGGAGUUCCAGAGCUUUUCUGAGAAGCAACAGUGCCAGCUCUCAGAGAAAUUGAAGGGCAAGGAAGAAAUGUGCAUCACCCUUGAGAAAAAGGUGAAAGACUUGGAAUAUCGGUUAAAAGAGCAGCAAAACUCCAAUGCUGAGAGGUCCAUUCUCCAACAAAAGAUUGUUGAACUGGAAUGCAAAUUGAAAGAGCAAAUACACUCUCAAUCAGUUGCAGAACUAAAGAUUAAGGAACUUGAAUACAAACUCAAGGAGAAACAGCAACGGGAGUCAAUUCUCGAGCUAAAGGUUAUGGAGCUUGAAAGUAAACUACAAGGUGGGAGAGAGCAAUCUAAUAAUGCUAAGAUUCUAUUCGACUAUACUAACGAAUCGUCAAGAACUACAACAACACCAAUGGAAGGAAAAUCAUUCUCGAGAGAAGAAUCGGCAAAUGAAAGCGACCAUCAAAUUCUAAGAAGCUCAAACUCGAUCAACAAGCCAAUAACCUCGAAGGAAUCAAUCUUGCUCAGAGGAGCACAGACUCUUCAUGAGAUGAAGAGGAGGAGAGAAUCAAGAAGUUCGUUAUACGGAGAACACGAGAACAGUAUCGUGGUGUCGUCAGCGGUAGCAGAGAAGAAGAAGGUUUUACAAAGCCAUUCGAUUAGGGUCAGGAGAAUAGAACCGUCAAAGGCUCUCGGGAGGCUUACUAGGACUUCAAAGGUGGUUACAACCAACAAGAUGUUUCCUCAUAGCAGAAUCAGCAAAGAGCCUCAGGGGGGUGGAGUCAAGGAGAAAGAAAAAAUCAGAGGCUGGGCCAGGUAGCUUCUAACAACUGCAACUUCUGUUGCCAUUUGUGAUAUAGCUUACGUGAUAUAUAGCUCACUUUCUCCGGUGAUUUCGAUUUGAAAUUUGAUAUUUUAGCUUAUACUGCAUGUUGAUGUACCAAAACAAAAGCAUAUGGCAUGAUGCAGAGAAUGUACUAAUCUUGUUCUUUGAUGUGUGCGUGUGUGUGUAUAGUGAUCUUCUUACCAAUUA